AUGACUCGAACUUGCAGCCGGAUCGCUGACACGAUCGAGAUUAACCUAGUUACCAGUAACCGCGAUCGCCGAAGCCUCGCUCAAAUGAUAGCCACUCAACUACUGAUCAUCGUAUCGCAUCGCAUCGCACCGCACCGCACCGCACCGCAUCGUGCUACAGAUUACCAAGUCCUGACAGGCAAUAGGUCAGAGCCAAGCUUCUUAAGGCGCUGGCUGGCCUACUCGCAGCUGUCGGCGAGUGUCCACAGUGGUAAGAACAGCAAAGGCUCGUCGCUGAUUUGUGACGUAUGGUUGCGUGGAAGCUGCAGUCACACUAAGUGUCCUGCAUCGCAUACAGUAGAGAAUAACACUACCACCAUUGCGCAGCUGCUGGGGUGGACGUUUCAAAUGCCUAGACCCGUCGUCGGCAUGAAAUCUAUCACAGGGAAAGUCGACACCGAGUCACGUCCGGUCCGUUUCGAACUUUCCUUUUGAGUCCUCCUGCCAACCAAAGUCUGACAUAAAAUCACCUCAUCGCAAUGAUAACCCGGAAUUAAUAACUGAGACUUAGAUGGAGUACAUGAAGUGAUUUGGUUGAAACUCGAGGCUUGAAGGAUCUCUCUUCCUUGACCCUUUUUUCUUCUUCUCUCUGUGCCUGUUCUUUGUUUCGCUGACGGAACACUAGGUAUUAACUAUGUUAGGCAUCGAAUUGGCUCCACUAUGACUGUGAAAGGAGAAUGCAGAAGCACACCCUGCAGUUCCAGAGGGCAAGAGAAGGUCCAAGCGGAGGAAACCCCUCUCCAGAAUCUUCCACACAAUAGUUAGAUAUCCAAGAUAAUAACCCUCGAGAACCAAAUUACCAAGUUUAGAUAAUAGUUAGUUAGGUACAGCUUGGAUUUAGCAAUCAGGAAACUUCACAGAUUC